AUGGAGAAGGGAAUACAUCCUCAAGAGCCCAACACCGUUGCGGCGUCGCAACCACCCGCUGCAGAUAUAGUUGGCGACAAAGAUGUUGCUAUUGCGAUGGUGGGAGAAGAGCGCCACGCCGUAGACCCCGAUGUUGUCCGUCGCGCCGUCCGAAAAAUCGAUUGGUUCUUGAUUCCUGCCAUGACUGUCGGUUAUGGACUCGUGUAUUAUGAUAAGGCAAUCUUAGGCUCCGCAGCUCUAUUCGGAAUGACCGCCGAUCUCCACCUCAGCGUCCCGGACCCGCGGAACCCCUCCGCCGUCGACACCUCUCGGCUCAGCUGGGCGACCUCGAUCUUCUACUUCGGGAUGCUGGCCGGCCUGUACCCGAUGUCGUACGCCUUGCAGCGCUUCGCGACGGGGCGCGUGCUCGGCAUCAUCGUUGUGCUGUGGUCACUGACGUGCAUGCUGACCGCGGCCGUGACCUCGUACCAGGGGCUCUACGCGCAGCGCUUCUGCCUCGGCUUCGUCGAGAGCGUCAUCCCGACGGGCUUCAUGUGCAUCGUCAGCGGGUACUACACGCAGCAGGAGCAGUCGCUGCGCCAGAGUUGGUGGUUCUCGUCCACGGGGCUGUGGACGAUUAUCGGCGGCGCGCUGAACUACGGGUUUGCGCAGAUUACGGGGGGCGGGCUGAGGCGCUGGCAGUAUAUUUACCUCCUCGCUGGGUGCCUUACUUUUAUGUUUGGCUUGUUCUGCUUCGCAAUGCCCAGCUCGCCGGUUACGGCGUGGUUCUUGACGGAGCCAGAACGGUUUGCGGCGGUCGAGCGGCUGCGCUAUGGGCAGACUGGCGUGCGGUGUAAUACGUUCAAGGUGUCGCAGCUGAGGGAGGGGGUGCUGGACGUUAAGAUAUGGCUGAUUGCUAUCAUGAUGGCGUCUGCUUACACCGUCAACGGUGCUGUGUCUGGAUUUGGCCCCUUGAUCGUGUCGACGUUUGGUUGGAGCACCCUGGAGUCCAUCGUCUUCCAGUUCCCACUAGGGGGUCUAUGCUUAAUCGUUAUCCUACUCACUGGCUGGCUUGGGUCACGCUACCCGGAUAUUCGCAUCCUGAUGUUAAUUAUCUGCUGUCUGCCUGUUAUCGCAGGAUGCGCCAUCAUCUGGAAGAGCCAGUGGACGUUCCACGCUGCAGCGCCAGUGAUCGGCUACACAAUCACGGGGACAUUUGGCGGGGUGGUUAGUUUGAUCAUUACCAUUGGCAUGUCUAACGUCGCUGGACACACGAAGAAGAGCUUUACCUCGGCGACUAUAUUCGUCGCCUAUUGUGUUGGAAACAUCGUUGGCCCCCAGUUGAUCAAGAGCCAAACCAAAGCCGCCCAUUACCCAGAACUCUGGCUUGGGCUCAUUAUAUGUUACUGUAUCACUAUUAUCGCCUCGGUGGGUCUCUUCAUGGUUUUGCGAUACGAGAACCGAAAGAAGGAAUUGUCGGUGGUGGAAGACGAAGCUGAGAGAGCUAAGCUUGCCUUUCAGGAUCUUACCGAUAAACAAAAUCCCUAUUUUCGAUACGUUAUGUAA